UUAAUUACAUGAAUAGCAAGCAACAUGUUUGUUACAUUGAUUAGCCUAUUGCUAUGUAUUUCAUCUGCAAUGUGUGCUACACAAGAUUCUGCUGUUCGUUCUCUGGUAUACACAGACAUCAAUGUAAAUUCUUACGACAAAUGUGCUCGACUGAUGAAUGGUACUAGUCAAAUUGGAUGCCAGUCAACACUAGAGGGCGAUGUCGGAGUUCUUUUUCAUGUUAAUCAAUCUGACGACAUAAGCAAAGUUAUUACUGGAAAGCAUCCUCCAUAUAUUGUGCUUAUACACGCAGAUUAUUUCAGUAAAGCAAGUGUUAAAUUGUAUCAAAGUUCUGGGAAAGUACGAGGAAUACUUGUUUACUCAAAUGAAAAUUAUACUGGGAGACUCAGUGGUUGGUCACCAGAAUUAAAAUGCCCUCGACAACAUUAUGGAUUAUAUAAUUCGACAUAUGGAAGUAAUUAUGCAAAAUGUGAAAAUAAUCCUUGGAAUCCAAUUGGUGAUGGUCUGACGGAAGAAGAUAUUAAUUUUCCUAUUUUUAUCAUGAAAAACGAUACUGCAUCACAGAUGAUGAUCGAUUGUCAUGACCAACAUAACCUUGAUGGUGAUUAUCCAUUAUGUGCCGCCCAAAUGAAGUCUAGAAUGGAUGGAGCACAAAGCACGGAAACAUGUAUUCGCAGAAAUAAUCUACAAAAUAACCUUUCUCCUGCACAAUAUUGUGAUGUGAUUGGAGGCCAUACGAUUGUCGGAACUUUGCAAGCCACAAAUAGUUCAACAGAAAAUCCGAAACCUGUAAUUCUAAUCACAUCUGCUCUUGAUAGCAGAUCAUUUGAAAUGACAUCUUCCUCUCCCGGAGCGAACUCAUUAACAGGUUUUGUGUCACUUCUAGCUGUUGCGCAAGCACUGGGAAGCCUAAAUAAUACAGUGAAAGAAAACAUGCCAUAUGAUAUUAUAUUUGUUUUAUUUGAUGGUGAAGCGUUUGACAACAUGGGAAGUGUGAGAAUGGUGUACGACAUGUCAAAAGAUUCCUUUCCAUUUAAAAAGAAAGAAGGCAAAUGGCAGCCGAGGAGAAUUAACAUUUCACAAAUUAAAUACAUCAUUGAAAUUGGACAGGUCGGCCAUAUUAAUAAGACUGCUUAUUUGCAUUUUGAUCCACUUUCGGCUAGCAAUUCAAGUAUUAGAACAGAUGUCAGUGCGAUUAUUGGAGCCUUGAAAACUUCUGGUGCCUCAGCAUCUAUCAAAUUCAGAAAUCAGUCUGGAGAUAACGGAUUGAUACCCUCAUCUUUGCAAUCUAUAUUGAAAGCUGGAAACGUAUCAGGCAUCGUUAUUACGGAUUUCGAUAAAAAAUACACAAAUCGAUAUUACAAUAGCAGGUUUGACACUCCAGAUAAAUUGGGCAUAAAGCUGGAUGGGAACACCACUGAAUCGUAUGCUCUACCACUUAUUCAACCUCUGGCACAAAAAAUUGUCAACCUCUCGAAUGCUAUUGCCAAAGCUGUUUACCGCCUUGCCACAAAUCAAGCUUUAAGCACUAUACAUAGAAAUGAAGAUGAGAUUACUAAAAUUUUGUACUGUUAUUAUUACAAUCCUAAAUGUGGUUUGGUGCGAAGUCUGUUGGAUAGCAAUAUAAAAAAGUACUCUUAUGUCUUCAAUCAAUAUGUUGGGGUUUAUUCCUCAAAUAUGAGAAAUAAUGCCUAUAUUGCUAGAAAUCUUCUUGCCUAUUUCCUGAGGACAGAAGAAACCACAAUUGUCAACAAGACUGACCAGUGCAAAUCUCAAUAUGCACAAGAUGAAAUUUACAAAUAUUUAGCAUUCAAACGUAACACAACAUAUGAAUGCCUUCGUUUUACUGUAUAUGACACUGAUGGAAGAUCGCCAUCGGCUGCUAUAUCCAAUUAUAAUUAUGCUGGUGGGGCGUACAGUGCUUGGUCUGAAAGCAGGUGGCAAAAAACUGCAUUUCACCUCAGCAUUUUUCUUGUUCAAGAUUCUGUAUCACAAGGGAUGAUUCUUUUUUGCGGCUUGCUUAUGUUUUUUUCAUCUUUUAUAAUUAUGUAUAUCAUUCAUAAAAAAUCUCAUAUUUUAUUUCAGCAUAGUCAGAUAUGAGAUGAAAAUUUAAAAUGGUAUAAAUGAUUUUUGUCCUAUUUAUUAUGCACAGCAUUAUUAACAAUGAUUUUCCAGAAAUGAAUAGAAAAUUUAUACUAUUCCUUGUCACAGUAUUGACAACAAUGUGAAAACCUAGAAUUGUCACAUUGCUUGAUUACAGGAAAUAAAUUUCAUUCAUCAUUAUCAUACUACUAAUUAUGAAUAUUACUUAUCGAUCUCGAUCGGUAAGUAUGUUGAUAGGUAUUUGUCUGUUUGUUUGUUUCACUUUCGUGAUAUCUCGCGCUAGUGAUGUUGAAUCUGCUCCAAAUUUUUGCAUGUACAUUCAUCAUAUCUCGGACCAGAAGCCAAUUGAUUUUGGAUAAAUUAUGUUGUAUAAUUACCAUAGCGAGUUAUCACUUAAUUAGUGAUGGGACACGCUGCCGAGUUAGAGCGAAGGAAUCGAAACCGAUAAGUCGGCGGUCUCCGAUGGCUAUCUCGUUAAUGUAUUAAUGCUGGUUUAAAUUUUUUCAUAUAAUUUUUUUUAUCAACAUGACUAUUUUUAUGAUGAUAUUAAUAGCAUUCGCACUAAAUUAAAGGCGACGAUGUAACCCUUUUACUGGACUCCAGAAUAGUGUGUACCAAUAAGGAGGUAACUAAUUUUGUUCACCUACUCCACAUAAAGUUGUGUAAAGGGACUGAAAUCUAUGGGCAGGGGCCUGGGGGUAUAUUCACUUGGCUUACACAGACAGUCCCAGAAGACGUAAUAGAACUAAAACAAGGAAGAUUAGAAUAAAAUUAUGCCGUAACCCUAAUCUGGUACACACACUACAGGGGGAACCCUUUUAGUUAUGCAAAACAAGUGGCCAAAUCAUGGCCAUCAGUCAGCACUUAGCAGUAUGUGUGUAUAAAAAACUAAUUCUGCAUGUGGCUAGUCGUGAUCAUUCCUUAGUGUUAACUUUGAGAUCACAGUUAUUUAAUCUGUGUUGGAACAUUUUUUACUCUUAAAUUCAUCUUCUGUACCAACUACCAAGCACUAUAUGGAACAGUCAGUUAUUUCAAGUGCCUAUUCCAUUAUAUAGUUACUUACAGUAAAGUUGUUCUUUGCCAAAAAAAAUUUGGAUUGUAUUUAGGCAAACGAUUAAUAUAUGAAGUGUAUAGACAAAUGGCAAACUGCAUUUCGGCAGGUGUUUCAAAGUCCUCAUUACUGUUUCUUGAUGGCCUUCUGAGCUAAAAGAUUGUAUUACUUAUUAAAGGCUUCAGAUCGAAUCGUUUGCAUUUUUUCACAUGAUUAUACUAUGCCCUCAUGUUGUGAUUUCAUAUCUUUGAAUUUAGGAUCUUUUCCUUAGAAUAAGGAUACUGUCAUCUACAGACAAGCCAUUUAUUGUGCUAUUGCCCAAAUGGUUUUGGGUUAAUGUUGUCCUAUUGUUUCUCUAUAUAUUAUGUUAUGUCAUUUUUAUUAUCAUUGUAGUAAUAUUUUAUUUUGUAUUACAUUUCUAUUACUGAUUAAGUGUCUUGACUAGAGAGGAACUUUUUUGUGAUAUUCAUUCUGUAGCAUCAAUUACUUAUGCCAUAUGAUGCCGGACUGCCUGAAUUGAAAUGUAUUAUGGCUUGAUGUUCCAUUUCAAGUCCCUUUUAAGGCUUAUUUUUGAUAAUUUAAUAGUAACGAGAUUUUCGUUACAUAUUUCUAUUCUAUUCGCCCGAGUAUCUCUUUGAGAAUAUAUGGUAUACAGUCCCAUCUAGUUGAAUAUAACUGAAAAUGGACACAAAGCGUUAUUUGGGGCCAUAUGUACUUUCAAAAAUUUGAUAUUGAUUUCUGGCAUUCCGAUGAUGAUUCUGUGUUGAGAACUUGAGAAAUAAACUGGUUGCAUGAUCGAAAAUUCCUUUUUUGCUUACAUAAAUAUUCAGUUUCUUCAUCUCAGUGAAGAUUAGCUCACUUUUUCCUAUUGUAUCACUGUUUGUUUAUUCUUGUUAUAAUAGACCAGACCAAUAAAUCAUGAAAUGCUCAUGUUGUGGUUGAAGUACGACAGUGGCAUUUAAGUUUAUUUAUUGUGCUAUAUAAUUUGCAUAACAGGGAAUAAAAUACUGUUUUUGUCCCCAG